AUGCAGAUUCUACAGUAUCUAAUUGUCGGUACGCCACUCUUGGCAGGAUGGUGGUUAGUAACUAAGUACUAUGAUCGGAAGCAAAAACAUGAGUUGCUGCUGCAGAUGGCUAAUGCCCACGGGUGCCGCUUGCCUCCGUUAUUGGAGAAUCAGAGGCCCUUUGGCAUUGAUCGCCUGGAGCAAAUCUUCCGUGCAGACGCAGAAUCCAGGCUCAUGGAGCUUUUUCUCUUCCACUUUCGACAAACAGGAUACACUCUGCAGCAAAACUUUUUAUGCACCCCAGCGUACGGUACAGUUGAGCCUGCUAAUCUCGAGGCGAUCUUCUCUACCAAAUUUGCAGAUUGGACAUUUGGUCCGCGGAGAGCCAUAACAUUCCCAAUGUUUGGGGAUGGAAUCUUUACUCAGGAGGGUCCAGCGUGGAAGCGUUCCAGGGAACUCCUCCGCCCACAGCUCGUACAUCGGCAGUACGAAGACCUCAAUCUCUUUCAAGAACCAAUGGAUGACUUGCUAGAGGCACUGUCUGUUAAGGGCGGAGUAGUCGAUCUUCAACCGCUCUUCUUUCGGUAUACCUUGGACGUGACAACUGCAUUCCUAUUUGGGGAGUCUGUCCGCAGCCUCAGAACAGCAGGGAGCAAAGAAGAUAACGGGUUUGCAGCAGCAUUUGACGUUGCGCAGAAGUACAUUAUCAAACGAUUUCGCUUGCUAGACCUCUACUGGCUUAUAGGUGGAAGCGAUUUUCGCGAGGCCUGCCGAAAAGUUCACGAGUUUGCGGAUCAAAUUAUUGAUCGUAAUCUUUCUAGAGAUAAGAUGGAAGCUGAUGAAGACACACGAUAUGUGUUCUUGAGAUCCAUUGCCCAAUCCCACCCAGAGCGAGAGGCGCUCCGAGGUCAAAUCAUUAACAUUUUGGUUGCUGGCCGGGAUACAACAGCAUGCCUACUCUCAUGGACCUUCUUCCUCUUGAUUCGACAUCCACAUGUGAUGGCGAAGCUGCGCACAGAAGUAUCGCUUCUCAAUGAAGGCCAGGUGAACAGAACGGACCUAAAGAACCUAACCUAUCUGCAAAACGUUUUGAAAGAGACGCUCCGGCUCUAUCCAUCUGUUCCAGUCAAUACUCGAACCGCGAAAGUCAACACAGUCCUUCCUACAGGUGGUGGCCCUGAUCGUCAAUCGCCUGUCCUCAUCCCCGCAGGUACACCGGUGGCAUUCAGUGUCUACACGAUGCACCGCCGACCGGACCUCUACGGCAUGGAUGCUGAGUGCUUCCGCCCCGAGCGGUGGGAAGAAGAUCUACCUCUGUUCCGAGACCGGACAACCCAGAAUUACGGCUAUCUCCCGUUCAGCGGCGGGCCGCGCGUCUGUCUUGGCAUGGAUUUUGCACUUACCGAGGCAGCCUUUGCGGUUGUGCGUAUUCUACAGCGCUACCCUGUCAUCCAGCUGCCAGCCGGUGAAAAGGUGGAACUAACUGGGGUUGAGAAGCAGACGAUGACUCUUGUCUUGCAAAUUGCGGAAGGGUGCAAGGUGAUGGUUGCCUAG